AUUGUUGUAUUUAUUUUAGAAAUUCUAAGAUUCCUUCUAAGGUUUACACAUAAUUAAUAAUUAUUUAUCAACGUCGUAAAAAUAGCCAAGAGUUAGCAGCGUCACUAAACAGCGAAUUUACUUUCAGCCUCGAUAAUUCGAAAACCGACAGAAAAAAUGGAUGACAGGAUAUCAUUGGAUAAAAAUGUUUAAUAAACAAGCAAGAGCCUAGAAUAAUUCCUUUCAUUUUGAUUAAUAAACUUUAACAAAAUGAGCACCAUCAAGCUUGACGUACAAUGGUCCCCAGUUCAUGCUAAUAAAUUUAUAACAUGGGGCACAGAAAUAUGUUUAUACGAAAUAAUGCAAACUAAGGACAAUAAUAGACAGUUAUAUACUAAGAUUUCUGAUUGCACUGUAGCUCAUCUGCUUGCAACAAACACCAAUCAUCACUAUGUUAAAUGCAUAGAUAUAUAUCCACAAUUAGAACCAGAUAUUUUAUUAGCAGUAGGUCAAGCAAAUGGCAAAGUUGUAUUAACUACGUUUGGGGCGACGAUCUUUGAUUCUCAAGGUCUCAAUGGAAAAGAGCUAGUACCUAAGCAUGCGAGACAAUGUAACACAGUCGCUUGGAAUUAUAUAGACACAAACCUAAUUGUAUCUGGAUUGGACAAGCAUAGCAAAGAUCAUUCAAUUUUGCUAUGGGAUAUAAAUAAAGGUGUACAAAAUUCCGAAAGGGUGCAUCAUCACAAUGCAGUACAGACAGAUUGUGUGAGGCCAGUUGCAGAAGUCGGCGCAUCCGAAACUGCACAUUCCAUUGCUUGGUUCAGGCACGAACAAAAAUGUAUGGUCGCUGGGAUUAAUAACAAACAAUUAAAAAUCAUUGACUUCAGAGAUUCUGCAAAGGUAGUUAAUACCGCGGUAACUAAAGCGGUUUACAACGUAUCCGUGAAUCCUCACAAUAAUUAUCAUUUGGUUUCAAGUAUCGAUAAUCAAAUAGCAAUUUGGGAUACAAGAUGCUUUGAGAAACCUGUUCUAACGUUAUCACAAAACAGACAGAUUACGAAAGUGUUGUGGUGUCCGACUAGGCAUAAUUUGUUAGGAGCUUUACAAAAAGAUUCAGUUACGCUGCAUUUAUAUGAUAUUCAACACUGUGGAAUCGGAGGAGGCGAAGACACAGAACCCGGAGCAUUAGAAAGGACGGUUGCACCACCUUGGCAUAGUCCUGUAAGUUUUUCGUGGCACCCAACGCACGUGAACAGAUUGUUGGCAGUAUCUCAGCAAGGUCUUACGGAUUACACGGUUUGCGAAAGAAUUACGGUAAACUGGUCGACGCGAUCUCAUCUCGCUUGGAAUCACGCAUCCAAAUCGUUCAAAUAUAUAUGCAGUAACGAUAAUAUUUAUAAAGCUAUAGAUGAUAUUUCCAUUCUAACGAAAAGUCGCGCGUCUUCGGAAUACGGAUUGCUUCCAGAAUUGGCUCAGAACGGAGAUCUGGCCGAAAACGAUACUCUUAAAAAUUUAUGGCAAUGGUUAUACUUAAGUCGCUACUUGGUGGAGGAUGAGACCAUACCAAGCUCGGACAGUAAGCAUCCG